AUGGUGGCUAACCACCCGUCGCCUUUCCCACCUUUCUGUUUAGCAACUUCUCUCCUUCCUAUAUAUGUUGUUAUUGAUACAAUUUAUUGGGAGUUGAAUGUGGAAAAAAAGCGAAAAGUGCUCCACCUCAAGGUUCAAAAUCUGUAUAGGCACACUACUCCCUCAGAUGAGCUAGAAAAGGAGUUAAUCUGGGAGAUAGAUCAGAGAAUUUCUGGUCUGAUGAAAGUGAUAUCUGAAAAAGAUUCACCUGAUCCGGAAACCCUCGUCUAUGGAAUGACGGUGAUCAACAAAACGCUAAGGGGCAUUCCGGACAGUGAUACCUACUACGAUGCCGUAGAUACGCUGGAAAUGUUGGGGAUGGAAGAGGCCAUGAAGAGCAUGGUGAAAUUGGGAAACAACGAACUAUUGGAGCAGUGCAGAUUGUACGAGCGCGAGCUGAGUAAGGAAGAUGAACGAGCCGAGAAUAGCGAUGACGACGUCAAUGCACGCAUGAGGUACGUUUGUACCCGAAACAUCGACGGCCGCGGUGGCUUCCGCUUUCCCUCCGCUAAGACUGUGAUUGUGUGGUUAAGAAUUUGGUUUUGUAAUGAGUUAGUUCUGAUUGAGUCUCGCUUGAUUGCAAAGACUCUACUGGUGUGUUCAUGUGUAUGCCAUAGUUUUAGAGCAUCUUCCCAACAAACCAUGCACGAAUCGGAUCGUCGAUCGGUGAUGCGACGACGACAUCAAGAAGCUCGACAACGUCAAGAAGAGCAUAUUGCAUUCGCUCAAAGCCGGAAUAUGUUCGCUAAAGAGAAGUACGGCCUUCUUGGGGGAAUUUUGAGAGUUCCGGUCCAGUUACAAUCAUUAGAACCUUCAUCGUUUCAGGUGAAAGCUCCACCUCCAUCAUUUCCGACAAUUUUCUCGCCCACAGAGUCGAAAACGAUCGAGUUCCCGGAACCCGUAUUUCUAGGUAUUUGGUUUACUCGCCCAGAAACAAUCGAACGUGACGAUGGUGGAGGUGGAUUCGCUGCUCUACUUCAAAAGCGUGCUGCAAAAUCAGCGGAGGCCAAUCGGAACGCCUUCGCCCAGAAGGAGAGCGAAGCUGAUAUUCAGUGGAAGAAGGCAGCGGAGAAUCUGAAAUCGCGACCGCUCAUCAUCAACGAUUUGGACUUCAGUGAAUUCCAUGCCGAAGAGUUUGAACAGGACCCGUUGGUGAUGGCACGACUUGCCCAAAUGGCGCAGGACAAAGGCAUUUUGCCCGGGGGUCGAAUGAAUGGUGGCGUACAAGGCCAAGGUGGCGGCCCUCCUCCUCCUCCACCACCAUUGCCUGGCGGCGUUCCUCCACCUCCUCCACCGAAUUUCAAACGGGAAACGAGCCCAGGUAAGAAUUUUGAGAGAUUUCCUUUCAUAGAGUACAUCAGACCAUCGGGAACUGUUGGAAAAGGCGUGUUGAAACUGCACUGGAAGCCAACAUCAGCUGAACCACCUCCAGUGCCGUCCCUAAAGCAAAAGGGAUCGUUCUGGAACAAACUCGACCGUCCACAAAUCGAUGCCAACAAGUUGGUUCAGCUUUUCGAAGCCAAACACAACAAGGAAGUCGCUGUCAAGAAACCCGUGGAUGCGAAGCCAGCCGUGCUGCAAGUGUUGUCGAUGAAACGCUCGCAGGCAAUCAGUAUUGUUCUGACCAAGUUGCCUCCGAUCAACGUCAUACCAACAGCUAUUAUGAAAUUCGACUCAAUGGUUUUGAACAAGGAUGGAAUUGAGAAGAUACUGAAAACCAUGAUGCCUACGGCAAAGGAAGUCGAGGAAAUCCAAGAAAAGCAGCUUCAAAAUCCUGACAUGCAGUUGGUGAGUUCACGGGCAUAG